CAAAAAGAUUUAAAAAAAAAAAGAAGAAGAAAAGAAAAAGCUUAUCGCUUUUACUUGUGUUCUAUUCUUUAACAGCUAAAGGACCAACUUGAAUAUCUAAUCAUCAAAUUUUCACUUUCUUUCUUACAUCAUCACUUCCCUAGCCAAUAUAUAUGCACCACUUUUCACUUCCCUUAGCCUCCAUCUUCAUAAAAAGAACAAGAAACAUUUUUCACCAUUUCCUUCUUUCCUUCCAAGAAAAUGGCUUCCACUAACAGACAUUUUAUUAUUUUCUUGAUUUUCUUUGUGGGUUGUUUUUAUUGGAGAACUAGCAAAGCCAUUGAGCCAUUUGCUUGCGACCCAAAAGAAGAAACGACGAGGAACCUGCCGUUUUGCCAAGUGAAGUUACCAAUACAGGAUAGAGUUAAGGACCUCAUUGGGAGAUUGACAUUGCAAGAGAAGGUUGUUUUGCUGGUUAAUAAUGCUGCUUCAGUUUCUCGGCUUGGGAUUAAAGGGUAUGAGUGGUGGUCGGAAGCUCUUCAUGGGGUUUCCAAUGUGGGUCCAGGCACUAAGUUCGGUGGGGCCUUCCCUGGAGCUACUAGCUUCCCUCAAGUCAUCACUACCGCUGCUUCUUUCAAUGCUACUUUGUGGGAGGCUAUUGGACGGGUUGUGUCAGACGAAGCUAGAGCAAUGUACAAUGGAGGGAUGGGCGGGCUCACGUAUUGGAGUCCAAAUGUAAAUAUAUUUCGAGACCCAAGGUGGGGACGUGGACAGGAGACUCCCGGUGAAGAUCCUUUAGUAGUCGGUAAAUAUGCUGCUAGUUAUGUUAAGGGUUUACAGGGAAACGAGGGUGACCGGUUGAAGGUUGCAGCUUGUUGUAAACAUUUCACUGCGUAUGACCUCGAUAACUGGAAUGGAGUGGAUCGCUUCCACUUUAAUGCUAAGGUAAGCAAACAGGACAUAGUAGAUACAUUUGAUGUGCCAUUCAGGAUGUGUGUAAAAGAAGGAAAGGUAGCAAGUGUAAUGUGCUCCUACAAUCAAGUUAAUGGCAUACCCACUUGUGCAGACCCUAAUCUGCUACAGAAGACUGUACGAACCCAGUGGGGCCUAAAUGGGUAUAUUGUUUCAGACUGUGAUUCUGUUGGUGUUUAUUACAAUCAGCAACAUUAUACAUCAACUCCUGAAGAGGCAGCAGCUGAUGCUAUAAAAGCAGGUCUAGAUUUGGACUGUGGUCCUUUCCUUGCAAAGCACACGCAGGACGCAGUUAAAAGAGGGCUAAUUAAUGAAGCCCAUGUAAAUGGGGCUUUGGUUAAUACUUUAACUGUCCAAAUGAGGCUAGGGAUGUUUGAUGGUGAACCAUCUUCGCACCCAUAUGGAAACUUGGGCCCAGAAGAUGUGUGUACCCAAGCCCACCAAGAGCUAGCCCUUGAAGCUGCUAGGCAAGGCAUUGUUCUUUUAAAAAAUAAUAAUCAUGGUCCUUCCUUGCCUUUGUUUACUCACCGCCAUCGCACCAUUGCUGUAAUUGGGCCUAACUCCAAUGUCACUGUUACUAUGAUUGGAAAUUAUGCUGGGGUUGCUUGUGGCUAUACGACGCCGUUGCAAGGAAUAGGAAGUUAUGCCAGGACAAUUUACAAACAGGGGUGUCCAGAUGUGGGUUGUGCUAGUGACCAGCUAUUUGGUGAAGCAAUUGGAGCUGCAAGCCAAGCGGAUGCAACAGUUCUAGUGAUGGGGCUUGACCAAUCUAUUGAGGCAGAGUUUAGAGACAGGACUGGGCUUCUUCUUCCAGGACGCCAACAGGAGUUCGUGUCUAAAGUUGCUUCAGCCUCAAAGGGCCCAACCAUUCUGGUCUUGAUGUCUGGUGGGCCAAUAGAUGUUUCUUUUGCUAAGAACGAUCCUAAAAUCUCUGCAAUCUUAUGGACUGGUUAUCCGGGCCAAGCCGGUGGAGCAGCUAUUGCUGAUGUCUUGUUUGGAACAACUAACCCAGGAGGGAAGCUGCCCAUGACAUGGUACCCACAAGAUUACAUAACAAAUCUCCCAAUGACAGAAAUGGGCAUGAGGUCAAGCCAAUCAAAAGGGUAUCCAGGAAGAACCUAUAGAUUCUAUAAGGGUGAAGUGGUGUACCCAUUUGGACAUGGAAUGAGCUACACAAACUUUGUUCACAACAUAGCUAGUGCACCCACAAUGGUUUCUGUACCUCUAGCUGGCCACCGGGGCAACACCACCAUAUCAGGGAAGGCAAUUAGAGUUACACAUACUAAGUGUAAUAGACUUUCUUUAGGACUUCAAGUUGAUGUUAAGAAUGUUGGGUCCAAAGAUGGAACUUACACACUUCUUGUCUACUCUACACCGCCAGCUGGACUUUGGGCGCCACAUAAGCAAUUGGUAGCCUUUGAGAAAGUACACGUGGCAGCAGGGUCACAACAAAGAGUAGGAAUCAAUAUACACGUAUGCAAGUAUUUGAGUGUCGUGGAUAAAUAUGGAAUUCGAAGAAUUCCAAUUGGUCUACAUAGUCUUCACAUUGGUGAUAUUGAGCAUUCAGUUUCACUUCAAGGAACAGUUCUUGGGGUCAUUAAGUCUUAAUUUUUCAAUUUUUCUUUAGAUAUAGACCAAAUAAUUCUUUCUAAUCAAAAUUAUAUACAGGAAAUUAAUCUCCAUUAAGUAUGAUUACCUAUUAAAAACUUGAAAGGAAAAAUCUUCUCCCCAUGUAUUUGAUUACUCUAUUGUUAGUUAUCCAUUUUAUGUAGUAUAAUUUAGAGAUUGCUCAUGUAUUAUUGUCAGAAUGAAAUCUAUUAUACUCUUUGAAUCA